UCAAAAAGACAGAAAUUGAUGCACUUUAUGAUCAAUUUAUAUCUCUGAUGAGUGUUCGCGAUGGUCAAGAUGGGAUAGAUAGAUCUACAUUCGGGUAUUGUCUUGGACCAUUGGGUAUCGAAAAGAACUUACUCACAGAACGGAUAUGGAAAUUCUUUGAUAAGGAUGGAGACGGUCUAAUUAGUUUUAGUGAGAUGGUCAGCGGUCUUUCGGUGUUCUGCAAGGGAAGCGACGAAGACAAGAUAAGAUGUGCAUUCACCGGUUACGAUUUGGAUGGUGAUGGAUUGAUCAGCAAAGAUGAAAUGCGAAAAAUUUUUAAAGCAUACAUUGAACUCAAUUAUGCGCUUACUAAAGAUGUGAUUUCAUCGGUUUCGUCUAUUGAGGAAAUCGAUAUACCAGCAUCGGCGAAUAGGCCCCUGUCAACAUUGUUUGACAUACCAUCUGAGA